UGGGUUGCCACUGAGGAUUGGGUUGAGCAGUGGAAAUCAAAACUGCCACUUCAAACAAUUAUGCGACUUCUUCAAGUGCUUGUACCUCAAGUGGAAAAAAUUUGUAUAGACAAAGGUCUAACAGACGAGAGUGAAAUUUUGAAAUUUCUACAACAUGGUACAUUGGUAGGGCUUUUGCCUGUACCACAUCCAAUUCUAAUUCGAAAGUAUCAAGCGAAUGCUGGAACAAAUCAUUGGUUCCGCACUUACAUGUGGGGAGUGAUUUAUCUAAGGCGAGCGAAUCGUUGA